GGCCGUUACCGGCUUUCCUACGCGGAACCGGGAAAAGAAACACAAACAGUUAAAGCCAUCCAGGAUCCCCCUGUUUCUUCUCUCUCUUCUCUCUCUGCCUCUCCCUCAUAUUCUUUUCCUUGUCAAAAUAGAUCUGAUCCAAAGAUUUAUUACCAUUACCUGCCUCGCUAUCAAGUAUUACACUCACAAUGGCUACCGUCCUCCUCCUCCUGGACCUCCAGAACGGCAUCACCGACCGCUUCCCCAAAGAAUACAUGGAACCGUACCUCGCUCGCGUGGCCCUGGUCGUGCAGAAAGCCCGCGAAGCCGGUAUCCAGGUUGUACAUGUCGUUUCCAGCUUCCGACCGGGAUACCCUGAGCUCUGCGCGCGCAACACUUCAACCGCCCGUGUGUUAGCCCUGGGCAACAACGCCUUCGUGCAGGGCGACUCCUCGACUGGGAUUCACACGGCCGUGGCCCCCGUCCAGAGCGAGGUGGUGGUGGCCAAGCACCGCGUGUCGGCGUUUGCCAGCACAGAUCUCGACAUGGUGCUUCGUUGCGCGGGCGUCGAGAACGUGGUCAUCGCAGGGCUGAUCACCAGCGGGGCCGUGCUGUCUACCGUGCGCCAGGCGGCAGAUCUGGACUACGGCAUCACCGUUUUGAAGGAUCUGUGCAUGGAUCGUGAUCCUGAGGUGCACCAGGUGCUCACUGAGAAGGUGUUUGCUCGUCACACUGUUGUCUCGGGCGAGGAAUGGGUUGCUGGACUGAAGAGCGAUUAAUCAAGAAGCCUGAGGAGCAAAAUGCCAUUUCCUAUAUGCUAUCUAUCCUCGGUUAUUAUUCGAUUCGGCUAUUACCAGUCAUUGUUCAUAACGUUCAUAACGACAUACGGACCUGGAGUACUUCAUAUUUUCCUGUCCAAUAAACUAGCCAGUGAAUAUACCUAGUUUCCACUGUUUACUGUAU